AUGAGUGGUGGAGGAAGUAAACCCAGGGGUGGGAAGAUGGGUACAUCAAUUCGAGCUGCUAGUGUGUCUGCAGAAGCCGUGCAGAAUGAAGAGAAGGAACCCUCUACAUUGGUUGAUAAAUGGAAUGUCGUUGGCAAAAUAAUUGCUGAUGUGAUUGAUAGUUUGAAAUCGGAACAUAGUUAUCUUAAGAAGCAGCUUGCAUCUUUGGAGGCUGCAUCACAGCUGAAGAAAGACGAGCUUGAGAAAAUUAUAUCUGUAAUCCAGAAAGAUCUUGUGGACCCUGAAAAGCUUCAAGCAACCUUGGCUGAUGGAAAUCUUUCCGAGGAUUGUGAUCUGAAGAAAGCCCUGGAAAUGGUUACAUUGUUGCAAGCACAACUGAAAGAGAUGAAUCCUAAUCUCGAUUCGAUCACAGAGUACCGAGGAAAGGUUGCCCUCUAUAAUGAAAGAGUUGAGGAGCUCAAUGCGGUCACUCAAAACCGUGACGAUGUCAAAAGGCAACAUGACGAAUUGAAAAAGAAAAGGCAAGGCAUUCCUUAG